CUCUCUUUUUUUUUUUUUCAUGAUAAACUCAACAGAUGCCCUUCUGGGUCAUGACCGAUUCUUUCAUGCUUCCAAGUCUUUUAUUAUUAUAGUUAAAGCAUGAGGAGUGCAACGGGGGUCUUGUGUCACUACCGCCCAUGGUUUGUUCUGGGCAGCGCACAAAACCACUUUCCCUGCUACCACCAUCAAGAACUGGUCUGAUUAGGUUUAGGGUUUGAUUUUUGAUAGGAAUCUUUCAAGAACCGGGUAAUUCCACUUUUGGGCAACUUUCGUUUUCGAAUUGAAAUUCUUGGGUCUCUGUCUCUUCUUUUUGUAGUCUUAAAUUUGUCUUCAGUCCCACCGCUUUUGGCAAACAGAAGAUAUGGCUCGUCAAGAAUUUGAUUGAUGGGGACAAAAUACAUAGAAGCUGAUGUCACAGAUGAUCCUGAUGGAAUAUCUCCAGUUCCACCAGGUUUUACGUCACCUGCAUCAUUCACUUUGCAGCGGGUCCAGGAUGAUGUUAUGGUUUCGACGUGUGCUUCUGAUUCAACACAGUUAGGGAGGGAAACCGACUGCAGCGUCUUGGGUGAUAAGACGUUGAGGAAGUCACUUCGACAUAAGCCUUGGGUGAACUACAGUCAGUUUGAUGAUAGCUCAGAAGAAGAAUCUGAUGCUGAGCUGUAUAAACAGAAUGCGCCCUCAAUCCGCUGCUUACCAAAAGGGGUUAUUCGAGGAUGUGCCGUGUGUAGAAACUGUCAGAAGGUUACAGCACGAUGGUGUCCGCAAGAUGCAUGCAGACCUGUCCUUGAUGAAGCCCCCAUAUUUUAUCCAUCUGAAGAGGAAUUUGAAGAUACUCUCAAAUAUAUUGCAAGCAUACGCCCAAGUGCGGAACCAUAUGGAAUUUGUCGUAUUGUUCCACCUCCUUCUUGGAACCCCCCAUUCGUUCUCAAAGAGAAAGGUGUAUGGGAAAAUUCAAAAUUUGCAACUCGCAUCCAACAGGUGGAUAAGCUUCAAAAUCGUGACACUAUGAAAAAAAUCUGCAGAAACCAUUGUAUUAUGGGGAGGAAAAGACGAAAGCUUGCAAAAAUGGGGGGUACCAAUAAUGAAAAUCUGGUGGAAGCUAGUCUGCUUGGAUGUCUAAAUAGCAUUGAGAGGUUUGGGUUUCAACCUGGUCCAGAUUUCACUCUGGAAUCAUUUCAGAAGUAUGCAAAUGACUUCAAGGAGCAAUAUUUUUGCAACGACAUGCAUUUUGAUUUAAGUUCUGGGCAAUGGGGACCAUCACUGGAGAAUAUUGAAGGUGAAUAUUGGCGGAUAGUUGAGAGACCAAGUGAAGAGAUUGAGGUGCUCUAUGGUGCUGAUUUGGAUACUGGAAUUUUUGGCAGUGGUUUUCCCAGAGCAUCUUCCUCUAUGACAAAUUUUGAAUUCAAGGAUCAAUAUGUGAAGUCAGGUUGGAACUUAAACAACUUUCCUCGGCUUCCAGGUUCUGUGCUCUCCUUUGAAAGCGAGGACAUUUCUGGUGUUGUGGUUCCAUGGUUGUAUAUAGGAAUGUGCUUUUCAUCAUUUUGUUGGCAUGUCGAAGACCACCAUUUAUAUUCAUUAAAUUACCUGCACUGUGGUGCUCCAAAAAUAUGGUACGGAGUGCCAGGAAAAGAUGCCCAAAAGUUGGAGGCAGCCAUGAAGAGACAUCUACCAGAUUUAUUUGAAGAACAACCAGACUUGCUUCACAAUCUUGUGACUCAAUUUUCUCCAUCAUUGUUAAGAUCAGAGGGAGUGCCUGUUUAUCGCUGCGUUCAGGAUGCAGGAGAUUUUGUCAUCACUUUUCCUCGAGCAUAUCAUUCAGGUUUCAACUGCGGAUUCAAUUGUGCGGAGGCUGUAAAUGUGGCUCCUAUUGACUGGCUGCCUCAUGGGCAGAAUGCUGUCGAGCUUUAUCGCGAACAGGGACACAAAAUAUCGAUAUCCCAUGACAAAUUGCUACUAGGAGCUUCCAGGAAAGCAGUUAGAGCUCAGUGGAAUAUCUUAUUUCUGAGGAAGAACACAUUAGAUGACUUAAGAUGGAAAGAUGUCUGUGGAUUGGAUGGCAUCCUAGCAAAGGCACUAAAGGCACGUAUUGAGAUGGAACGUGUAAGGAGAGACUUCCUUUGCUCUUCUUCUCAGUCAAGAAAAAUGGACACUGGUUUUGAUGCUAAUAGUGAGAGAGAAUGUGUUGUUUGCCACUAUGAUUUGCAUCUUUCUGCUGCUGGAUGUCCAUGUUCUCCAGACACGUUUGCAUGUCUGAUCCAUGCAAGGCAGCUGUGCUCAUGUGCUUGGAGCACAAGGUUCUUUCUGUUCCGCUAUGAAAUCAGUGAACUCAACACCCUAUUAGAUGCUUUGGGAGGGAAGUUGAGUGCAGUUCAUAAGUGGGGGCUCUCAGAUCUUGGGUUGAGUUUGAGUUCUUAUCUCUCAAAAGACAGAGCACGAGAACCCAAACCUAUAGAUAAAGCUAACGAUAAAGAAACUAAAGAACAGGGGCCACUAAAUCAGAGUUGUUCUAAUAAUGAUGCAAGGACAGAAAUUAGGGCAUCCAGACUGCAGCCAUCCUCCUUAGAAGUACCAAAGGAGGGAGAAAAGAUAAUGCUUGACAAAGUUGAUUCAAUACAUUCAGUUGCAGAUCACUCAUCAACCAAACCCACAAGCCUAUCAGUUUCUAAGGAUCUAUGUCCAGUGGAGAGGUGCUUAACUAGGGAUCAAAACUUACAUUCUGGAGAAGGAUACAGAAGAUCAAAUUCUAGAUCAUCUGAUUAUUCAGGACAGAUACAUUCUUCCAGUGGUACAAGAUUAUCUGACUAUUCAGGACAGAUGCAUUCUUCCAAUGGUGCAGUAAGCACCAAUCUGAUGCAGAGUAAUUGUAGUGAAGUAGCCAAUGUAAAACAAUUUAGCAGCUCAAAUAUGACAUUAUUGAAGCCAGCAGAAGAAACAUCUUCUGGUGAUGCAAAUGCUAGAUCAAGGAUUAGUGAACAUAAAGUGGCAUGCAAGUUGUCUGGUAAACCGAUGGAAGAUCUCUCUGUAGAAAACUCAAUAACUUUUGCCAGGCAGGCAAACUGCGAUGAUAAGGUGACUUCCUGCAAUUCUCACAAGGAUCAGGUUCUUGUAACACCAGAUACAAAUGCAUCCAUUAGAAAUGACAAAGAUAUCAUUUUGCUAGCUGUUCUGGAAGAGUCUAUUAAUUUUUCAAAUUCAGCAUCUGUUCAGGUGAAAGACCAAGAAGAAGGAACUUGCAGAAAGGAUUUCUCAAGUUUACCAAAUCAACAAGCUUUAAGAUCCUUUACUCAAAAUAGACCCGACUGUGCAAUGUCUACCACUGGGCCCGUUGCAAAAGCAAUUUCAGAUCAUUUGGCCGUAAAAGAAGUAUGUGGUAAUACUUCUACAGAUAUUGGUAAUCAUCUUCAGCAUCCUGAGCUUUCUGGUACCGUUAAACCAAAUGAUGAAAGCAAAGCAGGGAAACCUGAUUUAAACUCUCAUCUGAACCUGAUGGAUAGAGGAAAACCAGUUACAAGGCCAUCUUGUUCAUUAAAUAGUCUCGAUAGAUGCAACAGUCUUCAGGGGGGCCCUCGCAUGGCCAAAGUGGUGCGGAGAAUUAAUUGCACUGUCGAGCCUUUGGAAUAUGGUGUUGUGUUCUGUGGAAAAUUAUGGUCCACCAGUCAGGCCAUAUUUCCAAAAGGAUACAGAAGUCGAGUUAGAUACAUAAGCAUUCUAGAUCCAACAGAAAUGUGCUACUACAUAUCCGAAAUUCUAGAUGCUGGACUGCUUGGACCUCUAUUUAUGGUAUUUGUAGAGCAUCGUCCAAGUGAAGUAUUUAUUCACAUGUCGGCCGCCAGAUGCUGGGACAUGGUGAGAGAGAGGGUGAACCAGGAAAUUAUGAAGCAGCACAAGGUGGGAAGAAUCGACCUUCCAUGUUUGCAGCCCCAAGAAUCUGUUGAUGGCCUCGAAAUGUUUGUUUUGUCAUCACCAGCGGUUAUGCAGGUCAUCGAGGCACUUGAUCCGAGUCAUGUUUGCACAGAGUACUGGAGGUCCAGGCCCCAAGCUCAGGCCCCAUCCCUUCCAGCUACCUUGAUCCAAGAUAAUGGGUCAAGUCCUAUAAAGGACCAAGGCAGUGAAGAAGGGCCCUUGCCUGUAGGCUCCAAUAUUGUGGCCCUUAGGAUUAGGAGCCUUUUCAAGAAGGCCAACCCAGAGGAGCUACAUGCUUUGCAGAGCAUACUUAGCGGUGGUGCUCCCAACAACUCGAAGCAUCGAGUCAUCCAGUUUCUGAACGAAGAGUCGGAGAGCCGCAAAUCUAAAUAAAAGAUAUGUUAGUCACUGUUGGCAUGACUUGUACCGGGAGUCUGGCAGCUAACUACUACUGGAGUCUCUGCUGUGUCAUUAUGCAGGUUCGAAUUGGUUUUGAGCUGGAACCAUAGACAAGACUUUUUCUUUA